AUGUGCAGUUUCACCAUGGGGGAUGAGGACGGUGACGAGGUGGGGAUCCGAGUAUUUGCCUAUCUGGACGAUUGGCUGGUCAUAGCGGAGUCCAGGGAACAGAUCUCUAGUCUUCAUGACCUGAUCCAGGAGAUCUCUUCUCUCUCUGCUAUCCCCGAGGAGAGCAUCACUGACCUGAUCCAGGAGAUCUCUUCUCUCUCUGCUAUCCCCGAGGAGAGCAUCACUGACCUGAAAACAGUCUCCUCCACAUUGAUGGAGGGCUCUACAGCGCAACAGUCUCGCUGGAUGUCCCCUCUGGCCUUGUUCCCUCCUGAAGACAUGUCCAGCUUUACUACAGAGAUCAGUCUAGCCAGUCCAGACUCUCUCCAGAACCACAGGGCUAAGGCCAGUCCAGACUCUCUCCAGUACCACAGGGCUAAGGCCAGUCCAGACUCUCUCCAGUACCACAGGGCUAAGGCCAGUCCAGACUCUUCCCAGUACCACAGGGCUAAGGCCGGUCCAGACUCUGCCCAGUACCACAGGGCUAAGGCCGGUCCAGACUCUCUCCAGAACCACAGGGCUAAGGCCGGUCCAGACUCUGCCCAGUACUCCCUGCACCAGCCGUAUGACUCAGCAGAGUCUGAGUUCACCAGCCUGCCUUCAUGCAUCUCCGGCACCAGCCACAGUUGGCCUGCACCACCGUACAGACACAGUCCAGUUGACCAGGUGCACUCUUCAUCCUCCCACGUCAACAGUAGUGUCCAGUGGUUGGAGCAGGGGUGUUCUGGGGGCCAGUCUCUCAGCUCCUCCUCAACCUCCUGGUACAACAGCCCAUUCUCCACCACCAAGAGCCCUCUACACCCACACACCUCCGCCUCCUUCUCCUCCACAACCCCCAUCUCCUCCCUGACCAACCCCAGGGCCGAGCACCACUCCCCGGGGCACGACUGUCAGGAAAGGCUUCAGGAGGCCUUGAAAGGGGAGAGGCUGAGUCCCAGUGAGGAUGGAGGUAGCAGUAGUUUCCUGACCCUGAACCCUGCACCAGGGGAUGGGUACCCACACUCUGCCCAGGCCUACGGCCACUCCCUGGGCUUCUACAGCAACCCCUGGGUGUCAGGGCAGGACUACAGCUCAGCCUCUCUCUGCUUCUCCCCUGGGGGUGCCAUGUACCCCUUCAACUGCUACUCCCCCAAACUACAAAACAAGAUAAAUCUCUCUCCUCCAGAGGCCCGUGAGUGUGUGAACUGUGGUGCGACCGCCACCCCUCUGUGGCGUCGUGACGGGACGGGACACUACCUCUGUAACGCCUGUGGCCUCUACCACAAGACGAACGGCCAGAACAGACCUCUCAACAGACCCAAGAAGAGGCUGCUCGUCAGUAAGCGUGCAGGGACCCGUUGCGCCAACUGUCAGACUAGCACCACCACGCUGUGGAGACGCAAUGCCAGCGGAGAGCCAGUCUGUAAUGCAUGUGGACUCUACUACAAACUACACAACGUCAACAGACCUCUGACCAUGAAGAAGGAAGGCAUCCAGACCCGGAACCGUAAGGUCUCCAGGAAGAACAACAGGGCUAAGCAGAAGACAGGUGUGUUAGAGGCUGAGCUGGGUCUCUACUCUGACCUCUCCCUGUCCAGACUCCAGCCCUCUGACCUCUCCCUGUCCAGACUCCAGUCCUCUGACCUCUCCCUGUCCAGACUCCAGUCCUCUGAUGACCAUAUGAACCCUUACCUCCUGGGUCAUUCUGGGGCGAUGCUCUCCUACAGCCACCCCUCCUCAAACCGACUGUCCUCUCCCUCCUCCACACCCCACUCCUCUGCCAUGCCCCACUAUACACACUGAGGACUACUACACACUGAGGACUACUAAACACUGAGGACUACUACACACU